AUGAUAACAUUGAAAAAUGAUCCAAAUGACAAAAAGAUAACGAGGGAAACUAGCGCACGCAUCCUCACGCACCAGCCACCGAUCCCGGGUGAGACAAUGGGCACGAGUUUUAUUGCAAUAUCCCGGCAGUUUUAUGUUGCAACAGCCGUGCCCCUGCGUCCGUGCCUCUCAGUCCAUCCCCCUGCAGUCGUGCCCUGCGUCCGUACCUCCCAGUCCAUCCCCCUGCGUCCGUACCUCUCAGUCCAUCCCCCUGCAGUCGUGCCCCUGCGUCCGUACCUCCCAGUCCAUCCCCCUGCGUCCGUACCUCUCAGUCCAUCCCCUUGCAGUCGUGCCCCUGCGUCCGUACCUCCCAGUCCAUCCCCCUGCGUCCGUACCUCUCAGUCCAUCCCCCUGCAGUCGUGCCCCUGCGUCCGUACCUCCCAGUUCCCAUCCCCCUGCGUCCGUACCUCCCAGUCCAUCCCCUGUCCACUCUCAGUCCAUCCCCCUGCAGCCGUGCCCCUGCGUCCGUACCUCUCAGUCCAUCCCCCUUCAGUCGUGCCCCUGCGUCCGUACCUCCCAGUCCAUCCCCCUGCGUCCGUACCUCCCAGUCCAUCCCCCUGCGUCCGUACCUCCAGUCCAUCCCCCUGCAGCCGUGCCCCUGCGUCGUACCUCCCAGUCCAUCCCCCUGCGUCCGUACCUCCCAGUCCAUCCCCCUGCGUCACUCUCCAGUCGCAGCCGUGCCCCUGCGUCCGUACCUCCCAGUUCAUCGCCGUGCCCCUGCGUCCCGUACCUCUCAGUUCCAUGCCCCUGCAGCCGUGCCCCUGCGUCCGUACCUCUCAGUCUAUGCCCCUGCAGCCGUGCCCCUGCGUCCGUACCUCCCAGUCCAUCCCCCUGCAGCCGUGCCCGCGCGUCCGUGCUUCCCGCCCAAAAAUGCAAGCGCCCAUAAAGCAUGCAGAUUCGGGGGACGCGGCCCGACGAGUCACUUAA